UUACAGCUAACAAGGUUGGAGAAAUCUUCACAGCUGCUGGAGCAGCUUUCACUAAACUGGGAGAAUUGACUAUGCAGCUCCAUCCUGUUGGGGAUGGAUCUUCAUCAGGAGGCAAAUGGACAGAUGAAGAAAUUGAAAUGCUGAGAACUGCAAUACAGAAGUUCGGGGAUGAUCUUAAUAAGAUUAGUUAUUUAAUAAAGAACAGGACAGUGGCACAGAUUAAAAAUAGCAUAAAGAAGAAAGGAGAUGAGGGAGGACUUCCUUGUACAGUGAAAAAAGUUGAAUUGAAACUGCCCCAAUGCAAGAAAGAGUCUCAGCAAACCUCUACAGCUACUAAUGACAUGACAUUGAACAUGUUGAAUGCAGCUGAAGCAGAGGUUGAUGUUGAAGAACUGGGUGGCCUGGGUUAUGACAUUUCUUAAAAAAGUUUUGUUUGUUUGUAAAUAGUCACCUUUUUUUAUGGAAAUAAAUCAUAUCUGUCAAUGCUUGAA